AUGGCGACAUCGUACCACCCGAAUCGAUGCGCUGCGACCGUCGUCCGCUACAGAAGGCAAUUCUACGUGGAUAUACGCGCUUCAAUAGCCGGAUGCAUCCUUUUGGCGGCCGCAACUGGUCUGCUAUACAUUAAAUCACUAAGCGCGCAGACACGCUCUGAUCGUCCGCCACGCCGCCACAAUCCCGCUACACAUCAUGGAUCCUCCGAAUCUCAGUACACGCUAUCACACAUAUAA